AUGGAUACUGAAGAAACCCAGCUUCAUCGCUGCCCAUCUGAUACCGAUCUUGAUUUCAGCUUCACAUCCACCGCCACUGACCGGACUUUCGCCUCCUCAAGUGCCCGUUCAAGUCUUGCUCGUUCUAGUCUAACUCUCAGCUUCAACGACCGCCUCUCUAACACAUCCACCACCACCACCACCACCUCCACAGCCACAGCAACAACCACCAUCACAAACCCUCUCCACCACCGUAAAUGUGACCGUCAUUGGUCAGCUCUAAAAACAGCCACCAACCUCUCCACAGAUGGCAAACUCCAUCUCCGUCACCUCAAACUCCUCCGCCAUCUUGGUACAGGAAACCUUGGCCGGGUCUUUCUCUGUCAACUUAGAGAUUGCAACAAUGCAAACUUUGCUAUGAAAGUUAUAGACAAAGAUUCUUUAACCAAGAAAAAACUAUCUCAAGUUCAGAUGGAAGGUGAGGUUCUCUCCAUGCUAGACCACCCUUUCUUGCCUACACUCUAUGCCCAUCUUGAGGUCUCUCAUUACAGCUGCCUUUUAAUUGAUUAUUGCCCUAAUGGAGACCUUCACUCUUUGCUACGUAAACAACCCGGUAACCGGUUACCGGUUCAGGCCGUUAAGUUCUUUGCCUCCGAGGUCUUGGUGGCUUUGGAGUAUUUGCAUGCCCUAGGUGUUGUUUACCGGGAUCUAAAGCCGGAGAACAUAUUAUUACGUGAAGAUGGUCAUAUAAUGUUGUCUGACUUCGAUUUGUGUUUCAAAGCUGAUGUUGUCCCCACUUUCGAUAGAAGGGUCCACAGGAAAAGAACGGCUGGGUCCAUGAGAAAAGGGGUUAACUGUUUUGGGACGGCGAACCGGAGGGGAGUAGUGGAGGAGGAAGUGGUGGAGGAGGAGUUUGUGGCGGAGCCCACUGCUGCUUUGUCUAGAUCGUGUGUUGGGACCCACGAAUACUUGGCUCCUGAGUUGUUGUCUGGAAAUGGUCACGGUAAUGGAGUUGAUUGGUGGGCUUUUGGGGUUUUAGUUUAUGAAUUAUUGUACGGAACGACACCGUUCAAGGGAGGGAGUAAAGAGCGCACCUUGCGUAAUAUAGCAUCGAGUAAGAACGUGACCUUCCAUGUGAUGGAAGGCGAGGGUAAGGCGAUGGAAGAGGCAAAGGAUUUGAUCGAGAAGUUGUUAGUCAAGGACCCGAGGCGGAGGGUAGGGUGCACCAAGGGUGCCACAGACAUCAAAAGACACCCAUUUUUUGAUGGGAUCAAGUGGCCUUUGAUAAGAAACUAUAAGCCGCCCGAGGUUCGUGGGCUUGUGGCCAGAAAAGGGAAGAGCCACCCAAGUGUUGGCAUUUCUUCUCCGAGAAGAAGUUGGUGGAGGUUGUGGAAAAAGAGUGGCGGUGGCGGUGGCCGUAGCGGUCCUA